AUGAAUAAGUACCAACUAAUACGACGUCUCCCUAAAUCAGGACUAUAUUCCACUAUAUCUUUUACUCCAAACGAAAAUAAGCAUGUUUUUGAGUCAGAGAAAAUGACAAGAGAGGAAAAUUAUGCAGCUAUACCAAACAAACCAACUUUCACAAACAUCGAAAAAGUACAUCAUGAAAUUCUAAAUCCUGAAGAUGUUGCUGAUUUAGUGACCAAACUAAAUACAAACGAUGUUUUGAUUUCUAUACUAUCUCGCAAUAAGAAUUUAUACGGAAACUCAAAUUAUGUAAUAAAAAGUUUGGCUAAAUCAAGAAAUGAACCUACAAUAUUCCCAUUCGCUAGUAUAUUAACAAGUUGGAAAAAUAUAUAUAAUCAACAAAUUAAACAAUUAACAGAUUUGGAAGAGCCAGUAAGUGUCAAGAAUGCUAGUAAAUCAAACACUUCAAUUGGAGACAUGACAUUUGAGAAAUUUUUCGACCAAAGUAAAGCCAUAAGAAAUUCCAAAUUAGUCAAAGGAGGAACCAUUCAUUUUUCGGAAAUAGGUCUGUUGUAUACAGUUGAAUCAGCCUCAAAUGACGCUCUUGGUAGUAUUGAUAAUGUAACGUCUUUUGAAAAAUAUUUAAAGUUCAUUUCAUUAAAUUUACAUUAUUUCAGAAUAGAUGGAUUAAAAGAAUUACUAGGUAAAGUUUCGCAGGUCAACAAAGAGUAUCCUACCAUCGGGAAUUUGAUCAAUGAACUAGUCAUAACUAUAAAUGCGUCACAACCAAGUCUAUUAAAUUCUUUAGAUGAUAAUACAAAAGAUAAUUUAGCAUAUGCAUUAAGUGGAGUUAAUUUUGAACUUUCGAAAAGCUUAUUGAAGUCAUUGAUAGACUCUGCAAAAUGUCCAAAUGAAGAGACCAUUAGUAAAUUUAUUGGUUUUUAUACAUAUCAAAAUCCAGAUCAGGCAUUAAAAGAUCUUUCAUUUUUAAAAUCAGUGUUUUUUCAUCGUCCUUUAACUACUCAGUAUUUCAGAUUGUUAUUGUCUACAAUCACUGACAAAAACGAAAUUAUUAAAUUCAUAACGUUGUUAAAGAACUCACCAAUUAUUUUGGAGGAAAAUCAAAUGGAAUUAUAUAAUAAAUUAAAAGAGCUUUCACGGUCAAAAUUACUAGCAUCUCAAUUCUUGAGGUUGUUGACUAAACAAAAUAUCAAAAUAGAUUCAACCUUACUAGAGCUUGUAAAGAAAGACUACGAAAAUUAA